AUGUGGCCAUCACAACUACUAAUCUUCAUGAUGCUCUUAGCACCAAUAAUUCAUGGUGGCAAGCACAGUGAGCGACAUCCAGCCCUUGCUGCUCCACUGCGACAUGCUGAGCGCAGCCCAGGAGGCGCUCUACCACCCAGACAUCUCCUUCAGCAGCCAGCUGCAGAGCGUGCCACUGCUCAUCGCGGACAAGGGCCUCGCGGAGCUACCAGAGGAGUUCGUGGUCCAGGUGCCCAAGGAGCACAGCUUGCAGCCCAAGCUUUCAGCCGUGCCCCAAUUCCGAUGGCCGUGGUCCGCAGAGAGCUCUCCUGUGAGAGUUACCCUAUAGAGCUCCGCUGUCCGGGAACAGACGUUAUCAUGAUUGAAAGUGCCAACUAUGGGAGGACUGAUGACAAAAUUUGUGACUCUGACCCUGCUCAGAUGGAGAAUAUCCGUUGUUAUCUGCCAGAUGCCUAUAAGAUUAUGUCUCAAAGAUGCAAUAACAGAACCCAGUGUGCAGUGGUGGCAGGUCCUGAUGUUUUUCCAGACCCGUGUCCAGGAACCUAUAAAUACCUUGAAGUGCAGUAUGAAUGUGUCCCUUACAAAGUGGAACAAAAAGUUUUUCUUUGUCCUGGGCUACUAAAAGGAGUGUACCAGAGUGAACAUUUGUUUGAGUCUGACCACCAGUCUGGGGCGUGGUGCAAAGACCCUCUACAGGCUUCUGACAAGAUUUAUUAUAUGCCCUGGACCCCCUACAGAACUGAUACCUUGACUGAGUAUUCAUCCAAGGAUGACUUCAUUGCUGGAAGGCCAACUACAACCUACAAGCUCCCUCACAGGGUGGAUGGCACAGGAUUUGUAGUAUACGAUGGAGCUUUGUUCUUCAACAAAGAACGCACCAGGAACAUAGUAAAGUUUGAUUUGCGGACUAGGAUAAAGAGUGGAGAGGCUAUCAUAGCAAAUGCCAAUUACCAUGAUACUUCCCCUUACCGAUGGGGAGGCAAAUCUGACAUAGACCUGGCAGUGGAUGAGAAUGGGCUAUGGGUAAUCUAUGCAACAGAACAAAACAAUGGUAAAAUUGUCAUUAGUCAAUUGAACCCUUACACCCUACGGAUUGAAGGGACAUGGGAUACUGCAUAUGAUAAAAGGUCAGCUUCCAAUGCGUUUAUGAUUUGUGGGAUUCUGUAUGUGGUCAAAUCUGUCUAUGAGGAUGAUGACAAUGAAGCCACUGGGAAUAAGAUUGACUACAUUUACAACACCGACCAAAGCAAGGAUAGUUUGGUGGAUGUACCCUUUCCCAAUUCAUACCAGUACAUAGCAGCUGUGGAUUACAACCCCAGGGACAACCUACUUUAUGUAUGGAAUAACUAUCAUGUGGUGAAAUAUUCUUUGGAUUUUGGACCUCUGGAUAGUAGAUCAGGGCAGGCACAUCAUGGACAAGUUUCGUACAUCUCUCCACCAAUUCACAUUGACUCUGAACUAGAAAGACCCCCUGUUAGAGAAAUCUCUACCACAGGACCUCUUGGCAUGGGAAGCACGACCACCAGUACCACCCUUCGGACCACAACUUGGAGCCCAGGAAGGAGUACUACCCCAUCAGUAUCGGGAAGAAAAAACCGAAGUACCAGCACCCCAUCUCCGGCUGUCGAGGUGCUUGACGAUAUCACCACACACCUCCCGUCAGCGUCAUCCCAAAUCCCAGCUCUGGAAGAGAGCUGCGAGGCUGUGGAAGCCCGAGAAAUCAUGUGGUUUAAGACCCGCCAAGGACAGAUAGCAAAGCAGCCUUGCCCUGCUGGAACUAUAGGUGUAUCGACUUAUCUCUGCCUUGCUCCUGAUGGAAUUUGGGAUCCCCAAGGACCAGAUCUCAGCAACUGCUCUUCUCCUUGGGUCAAUCAUAUAACCCAGAAGUUGAAAUCUGGAGAGACAGCUGCCAACAUUGCUAGAGAGCUGGCUGAACAGACAAGGAAUCAUUUGAAUGCGGGGGACAUCACCUACUCAGUCCGUGCCAUGGAUCAGCUGGUAGGGCUCCUAGAUGUGCAACUCCGGAACUUGACCCCAGGUGGAAAAGACAGUGCUGCCCGCAGUUUAAACAAGCUUCAGAAAAGAGAGCGCUCUUGCAGAGCCUAUGUCCAGGCAAUGGUCGAGACAGUUAACAACCUCCUCCAGCCACAAGCUUUGAAUGCGUGGAGAGACCUGACUACAAGUGAUCAACUACGUGCAGCCACCAUGUUGCUUGACACUGUGGAGGAAAGUGCUUUUGUACUGGCUGAUAACCUUUUGAAGACUGACAUUGUCAGGGAGAACACAGACAAUAUUAAGUUGGAAGUUGCAAGGCUGAGCACAGAAGGAAACUUAGAAGACCUAAAAUUUCCAGAAAACAUAGGCCAUGGAAGCACUAUCCAGCUUUCUGCAAAUACUUUAAAGCAAAAUGGCCGAAAUGGAGAGAUCCGAGUGGCCUUUGUCCUAUAUAACAACUUGGGUCCUUAUUUGUCCACGGAGAAUGCCAGUAUGAAGUUGGGGACAGAAGCUAUGUCCACAAAUCAUUCUGUUAUUGUCAAUUCCCCUGUUAUUACAGCAGCAAUAAACAAAGAGUUCAGUAAUAAGGUUUAUUUGGCUGAUCCUGUGGUAUUUACUGUUAAACAUAUCAAGCAGUCAGAGGAAAAUUUCAACCCUAAUUGUUCAUUUUGGAGCUAUUCCAAGCGCACAAUGACAGGUUAUUGGUCAACGCAAGGCUGUCGGCUCCUGACAACAAAUAAGACACACACUACAUGCUCCUGUAACCACCUAACCAAUUUUGCAGUACUGAUGGCACAUGUGGAAGUUAAGCACAGUGAUGCAGUCCAUGACCUGCUUCUGGAUGUGAUCACAUGGGUUGGAAUUUUGCUGUCCCUUGUUUGUCUCCUGAUUUGCAUCUUCACAUUUUGCUUUUUCCGUGGGCUCCAGAGUGACCGUAACACCAUCCACAAGAACCUCUGCAUCAGCCUUUUUGUAGCAGAGCUGCUCUUCCUGAUUGGGAUCAACCGGACUGACCAACCAAUUGCCUGUGCUGUUUUUGCUGCCCUCUUACAUUUCUUCUUUUUGGCUGCCUUCACCUGGAUGUUCCUGGAGGGAGUGCAGCUCUACAUCAUGCUGGUGGAGGUUUUUGAGAGUGAACAUUCACGAAGAAAAUACUUUUAUCUGGUUGGCUAUGGGAUGCCUGCACUCAUUGUGGCUGUGUCUGCUGCAGUAGACUACAGGAGUUAUGGAACAGAUAAAGUAUGUUGGCUCCGACUUGACACUUACUUCAUUUGGAGUUUUAUAGGACCAGCGACCUUGAUAAUUAUGCUUAAUGUAAUCUUCCUUGGGAUUGCUUUAUAUAAAAUGUUUCAUCAUACUGCCAUACUGAAACCUGAAUCAGGCUGUCUUGAUAAUAUCAACUAUGAGGAUAACAGACCCUUCAUCAAGUCAUGGGUUAUAGGUGCAAUUGCUCUUCUCUGCCUGUUAGGAUUGACCUGGGCCUUUGGACUCAUGUAUAUUAAUGAAAGCACAGUCAUCAUGGCGUAUCUCUUCACCAUUUUCAAUUCUCUACAGGGAAUGUUCAUAUUCAUUUUCCACUGUGUCCUUCAGAAGAAGGUACGAAAAGAGUAUGGGAAAUGCCUGCGAACACAUUGCUGUAGUGGCAAAAGUACAGAGAGUUCCAUUGGCUCAGGGAAAACAUCUGGUUCUAGAACUCCUGGACGCUAUUCUACAGGCUCACAGAGCCGAAUUCGUAGAAUGUGGAAUGACACGGUCCGAAAGCAGUCAGAGUCUUCCUUUAUAACUGGAGAUAUAAACAGUUCAGCGUCUCUCAACAGAGAGCCCUACAGAGAGACAAAGGGGCUUCUGAACAAUGCCAGGGAUACAAGUGUCAUGGAUACUCUACCACUGAAUGGUAACCAUGGCAAUAGUUACAGCAUUGCCAGCGGUGAAUACCUGAGCAACUGUGUGCAAAUCAUAGACCGUGGCUAUAACCAUAACGAGACAGCCCUAGAGAAAAAGAUUUUGAAGGAACUCACUUCCAACUAUAUCCCUUCUUACCUGAACAACCACGAGCGCUCCAGCGAACAGAACAGGAAUCUGAUGAACAAGCUGGUGAAUAACCUCGGCAGUGGGAGUGAAGAUGACGCCAUUGUCCUGGAUGACGCCACCUCCUUUAACCAUGAGGAGAGCUUGGGCCUGGAACUCAUUCAUGAGGAAUCCGAUGCUCCUUUGCUGCCCCCAAGAGUUUACUCCACAGAGAACCACCAGCCACACCAUUAUAACAGAAGGCGGAUCCCCCAAGACCACAGUGAGAGCUUUUUCCCUUUGCUAACCAACGAGCACACAGAAGAUCUCCAGUCACCCCACAGGGACUCUCUCUACACCAGCAUGCCAGCGCUGGCUGGUGUGGUGGCCACAGAGAGCGUUACCACCAGCACCCAGACCGAACCCCCACCGGCCAAAUGUGGUGACGUCGAAGAUGUUUACUACAAAAGCAUGCCAAACCUGGGCUCCAGAAACCACGUCCAUCAGCUGCACGCUUACUACCAGCUAGGGCGUGGCAGCAGUGAUGGAUUCAUCGUUCCUCCAAACAAAGAUGGGACCCCUCCAGAGGGAAGUUCAAAAGGACCUGCUCAUUUGGUCACUAGUCUAUAG